GCCGAGUGCCUGGUGAACGAGUGCGACAAACUCCAGCCUCGCACCGAGGAGGAGCUGAAGGACAUCUUCGUCCAGAAAAUGAAUCAGCGUUACGCAGACGCCGAUGUGAACAGCAUGGCGAGCACGGACGUCGGCACCCUGGGAGACUUGAGGGACUGCGAAGAGGAUGAGGAGCUGCCAGCGUAUUGGGCCCAAGCGAAGGAGCAGAACUUUCGCUUCAACGCGCGGGGGUCCAAGGGGAACCCCAUGGGCGGCAAGUGGCAGCGCUGCAUCAACAACCCGAAGAACGCGGAGGAGAAAAAGCAGUACGAGGCGAAGAAGGGCGACACCGAAGCGCAGCAGCAGCAUCGCCAGCAGUGGCUGAGGAAGAACUUCGACGUCUUCAUGGAGACCCACCAGCAUACCAAAGCCAAGAAGAAGAGAGAAUACUCCGAGGCGCGAUACCUCGUAGCGGGGAGGGUUGUGGUUGAGGAAGGCGGCGGCGCUGAAGGAUGCCGCAACGCGGCAAAUUAUUGCCUUAAAUGUGUCGCAGUAGGGUUUCCAUGGGUGAAAUGGUGCUCGUGGCGAAAGGCCGCACUCUACUUGUACAAAACAGAAGGCAUCGAGGAAGAGGUGACUGAGACGUGGGAGCACACCAAGAAGAUGUACCUGCAGAGGCAGCUGAAGAAUAUGAAGGACGCAGGCGCAACCCACGUGACGCAGGUGACGCAGGCGCAGCCGUCCGAGGAGCCAGUGCAGCCGAGGAAGCCCGCGGCGCUGGAGGAGGAAACCGCUGCGGAAGCCAACGGCGCUGGAGGAGUCCAGGCGGGCGCGGCGGCCUCGAGCAAGGCCGCUGGCGCGAGCAAGGCCACUGGGCAGCAGGGCAAGAGGGGGCCACCGAGCAAGGCCACUGGGGGCGGCGCAGGCAGCUCUCGUGGUGGCGGCCGCGGCAAGGCCCGCCGCACCGUGAAGGUUGAGGAGGAGGAGGAGGAUAAGGGAAAGCCUGAGGGGGAGCCUGAUGAGGAUUCUGAGGAUCCCGAGCCGCCCCGCAAGAAGCCAAAGAAAGAACCAACCCUUGCAGCCAAGUGCAUGGCAGCCGCUAAGCUGACUAAGAUGAAUAGCAGCGCGGCUAAGGUGUCAGCGCAGUCAGUCCUCACUCAGAUCAACAGGGAUCCAGGCUGGUCCUUCGCAAAGGAGAUGCAGAACGCCCUCAAGCCGAUGCAGAUCGCCCUCAAGCAGUUGGACGACAUGGAGGCUGACCACGAUGUCUUCCCGUCGAUCGUCUCUUCCAACGACCUCUCCGCGCUGCGCGCCGAGUGGAGCAAGAAGAAGAAAGUGGACCAGUUCGAUCGCUACCUCGCUGAAUUCAGUGAGAAAUUCGACCCAGUCGUGCGGGCCCUACAGCUGGAAACCCGCAUGCUCACCAGCCAGAAGCUGGCGCGGGACCAGGAGAUGGAGCGCAUCGCCAAGCCGAAGCGCUAG